UGUGACAUGUCUGCUGGUUUCAACAUUUUUUAUCAGAUUUGAAAUGGCAAAUUAUGAUACAAAAUUUUGUGGCAUUUGUGAACAAGAGCAUAUGAAUGAGCCUGCUGAUGUAUGGUGUCCUGAGUGUGACGAAGCUUAUUGUACAAUCUGCAAGAAACACCAUGGUUUUUCAAAGUUGUCCAAACACCAUGAAACUAUCAAAAUUGAGGACUACUUCCAUUUGCCGUCAUUUCUUUUGUCAACAAAACAUCAAUGCCAUGAUCACGGUUCUCCGUUUGAACUUUACUGCAAGGCACACAAUGCACCAUGGUGUGCAUUCUGCAUGAACGACACACAUAAAGAGUGUCUCCAAUUUGAACCUCUGAAGGAAGUAGUAAAGGAUAUUAAACAUCUAUAUUUUCCGUCCUCGAACAAUUACUGGAAAAUGUGAUAUCAGACAUUGAUUUUUUAACCGAACAUACUUCUAAAAAUCUCGCAACUAUUGACAGCAAGACCAACGAAUGUUUGGAGGAAAUAAAACAAAAACGGAAAAAAUUGAAUGACCACUUUGACAAACUGGAAGAAAAGCUAGAAGAGGAAAUACUUUCACAGAAAAAAUCUACUGUUAAGCACGUCGAAUCUAUCAAGGCUGAAUUGCACUCUAGAAAAGAAAAUAUUAUUGAAAUAAAGGUAAAUAUUAUGAAGAUGAAAACCUUGACAACAAACCUUCAAACAUUUUUUGGUUUAAUAGAAACAGAAAAAGAGGUUGCUGCACAUGAAAGCUAUCUGAAUUCCCUAAAUGAUUCGGAAAGCCUUCUGCAAACUGAAUUUAGUCUUAACACAUCAGUCGUCGAUGAUCUAAUGGUACACUUCAAGUCUUUUGGGCAGUUGAAUGUAGAUAAAAUACAAUUUAAACAUUGUUUUAACACAUUAAAGAAAGAUCAGGCCCAGUUGAACGUAAAGUUACCGUCAUCAGUAGAUAAAAUAAAGAUCAGUCUGAGAUUUACAGCAAAGUUGGAACUUGAAAGUGCUUACCUUACUGGUUGUGCAAUCAAACCAAACGGUGAUUUUCUUUUUGUUAAUUUAAAUUCUAAGAAGCUGCUUACCUGUAAGAGUGACGGGAGUAACGUACAAGAUCUCGUUACAUUUGAGACAGCUCCAACUGAUAUUGUUUUCCUACCAAAUAAAGACGUUGCUGUUGUUAGUUUUAGGGGCCGCGAAAUAACAUUUGUCGAUCUAUUACCAAACAAACAGAUGAAAAGUAUCAAAAUUAAAAGUUAUGGAAUUGAUUUUAUUAAUGACAAACUAAUUUCAUCAUCGGGUAGUAAAACAAUUCAUUGGCUUGAUAUGCAAGGCGAUGUUGUUUCCGAAUUAUGCUUGAAAACAAACUCAUACUAUGUAACUGCAACGAGCACGUGUGUAUAUUGCUCCGAUUAUAACAAAAAAGCAGUUAUUUCUUUUGAUUAUACGGGCAAACAGCUGUGGGAAUUUACACACGAGAAACUUAUCCAGCCUCUAGGUAUAACCUCUACUCUCAAUGGUUAUAUAUUUGUAGCAGACAGAGGUUCUAAAAAUGUUUUCCUCAUCUCUCCAGAUGGUUCUGAGAGCAUCAUAGUCCUCAGUUUCACUGGUUCAGGACCAAGAGGUAUACAUUUCAGUAGUAGCAGGAACGAGUUGCUGGUGACUCAAGAAUCUGGCGAUGAAGUAUCUCUAUACGAUGUACAAUUUUAGUUUCGGUUCUAUAGAUCAUUUAAGUGCGGAUAAAAAUCCUUUCUAACAUUGUGCUUAUACAUUAAAGAAACAUUUUUGUCAUCAGUAAAUAAAAUAAAAAUAAGUCUAAAUUA